AUGGGUUCUGGGACAGCUACCUCCCACGAGCCGAGCCCGGCCACCAUCUCCAUGGAUGUUCACCAUGACCACCUGGAAACCCAACUCCAGGAUACCCAAGACACCGUCACCUCCCUCCUCUCUACCCAAGAAGCUCACCAAACCUGCAUUUCCACUCUUCACCAAUCAGUCGACACCCUCACCACUGCCCAAACCAACCUUCAGUCCCCUAUCAAAAACCAGUUUGCUCAGCUAAAACAAACCUUUUUCGACGAGCUCCGCCACCACCGCCCUUACCCACACCUAUCCUCAUCUGCUUCCCCGAGGCUACUUAAACUUGAUCUUGAACGCUUUUCCGGCGAUGACCCAUACGGAUGGAUAGCUUCUGCUGAGCGCUUUCUCACGUACUACGGGGUGCCUGACGAAGAUAAAGUUACGGUUGCUGCUGUUCACCUCUCCAGGGACGCGUCUUUAUGGAUGCGUUGGUUUGAACAGUGCUUUCCAAAAGAUUGGACCCUUUUUACCACAUCCUUGCUUCAGCACUUUGGCUCGACCGACAUCUGCAAUUUUGAGGCCUCACUCUCUCAUAUCCAGCAAAUAGGAUCUUUAGCAAACUAUCUCACCCUCUUUACCAAGCUUGCUUGCAGAGCACCAGAAUGGUCUAAUACUCAGCUAAAAGGGGUUUUUGUCGGCGGCCUCCGAGAGGAGCUCCGCUUUGAUGUCCAAGCUCUUCAGCCCAACACCCUUUCUGAAGCUAAACAUUUAUCUCAGCUUUUCAAUACCAAAUUGCAAGCCCGACGUACCUCUGCCCGACCCUUUUACCCCCGUACCUCUCCCACCCCCCAACCACACUCCCACAACUCUCCUUCACCUCUGCCACCUCUCCCUUCACCCCAACCCCUACCCCCUUUUUCCCGCCGCCUCUUCCAAGCCGAAGCACAGGAGCAUCGCUCCAAGGGCCUCUAUUUUACAUGUGAUGAAAAAUACAAACCUGGUCAUCGUUGUCUCAAGCCCAUGCUCGCCCUCAUUGAGGCCACCAUUUCGGAUGAUGACUCCUCGGUAUUUCAUGACUGUCACCAGGAGUUGGCUCCUCCAGAACAGGUGCCUGUGGAUCUUUCCACCGACUUCACAAUCCAUUCAAUCCAAGAUUCCGGAGCCACAUUCAAUUUCCUCAACCCAUGCAUUGCUACACGCUUGGGCUUACCAAUUGAUCACUCUGGCCCCCACACCCUGUACACAGCCACAUGGGAACAUUUACUCACGCAAGGCACCACUCAAAACCUCUCUGUCCAGAUUCAAGAUUACUCUCUUACUUCUAAUUUCAAACUCUUACCCGUCGCUGGUUGUGAUCUCCUCUUGGGUGUCGAAUGGCUCGAGACAUUGGGUCUUAUUGAAUGGGAUUUCAAGAAUAAGAUUAUGAGAUUCCACCUUGGCGAACACUCCUAUUGCUUGACGGGUAUCCAACGCUCUCCCAUUACUGCAAUUGAUGCCAAACUCAUGGCUCACACUCUCUUGGCUGAACAAGAGGGCUUCUUGGCACAGCUUAUCCCAUGCAUACCAGACCAUGAUGACACCACAACCACUGCCACACCUCCUGCUCUUCACCACCUUUUGGAUACCUUCUCCGACUGGUUCAACACCUCUGUCACACUACCGCCACCUCGCCUUAUUGACCACUGCAUUCCCUUACUUCCUGGUGCUGCCCCUAUCAACGUUCGGCCGUAUCGAUACCCAUAUCUCCAAAAAUCAGAGAUUGAAAGCCUCAUCCACGAAAUGUUGGCAGUGGGCAUCAUUCGGCCGAGUGCAAGCCCUUACUCCUCACUAGGGGUGGGCAUCUAA